UAUAUUGAAAUGGAUACCAUCUUCAAAAUGAUCUGAACACGCACACUAACUUUGCUAAUACUCGUAGAGGCGCGUUCUGGUGAAUUUGAGCACCUUGGCCAUUUCGAUAUAGGUACCUAAGUAUCUGAUGGCGAUUUCAUAAUUUUCUUCGCAAUACAAGUGUAAAAUGAAAUCUAUAUUUUCUCAGUUAGGAAACUCUCCAAGUAUGAAGUAUUCACAAAGGUGACAAAACAUUAGAAAUCAGACGAAAGUGAACAAAGUGAAUGGAACACGUAUUCAAUAUGAACUUUAGAGUGGCGUGGUGUGGUAUUCUCUUCUCUUUCGCGCUAGAAGGAAACGCGGACGCGGGAAGAGUGCAGGCUGCUGUCAGUUUCCUGGUUGACUGCAUUUCCAGAACCAACGCCUCUUACCAAGAGAUAGAACUGAAGUCAGAAUCCAGCCUGUCUCUGCGCGACAUCCUGCCAGUCAAGGCGAAGUAUUACGAUAAGAAUCGCGCCCCCAAACUGCUGGGGCAGCCUACUAUAGUCUACUUCCAUGUCACUGUACUGUCCUUGGAUUCUAUUAACGAGGAGAGCAUGACGUACGUAGCAGACAUCUUCCUAGCCCAAUCCUGGCGAGACCCUCGCCUCCGUCUCCCAGAGAACAUGCACGAAGAAUACCGGAUCCUGGAUGUUGACUGGCUAAACAAGAUCUGGAGGCCGGACUGCUUCUUCAAGAAUGCGAAGAAAGUCACGUUUCAUGAGAUGAGCAUACCGAACCAUUAUCUGUGGCUGUAUCAUGAUAAGACGCUGCUUUAUAUGUCUAAAUUGACGCUGGUGUUAUCCUGCGCGAUGAAGUUCGAGACCUACCCUCACGACACGCAAAUCUGUUCCAUGAUGAUUGAAAGCUUGUCGCACACCGUCCACGACCUGGUCUUCAUUUGGAACCUGACGGAUCCUCUGGUGGUGGUCAACCCGGACAUUGAGUUGCCGCAGCUCGACAUAUCCAACAACUAUACUAGUGACUGCACUAUCGAGUAUUCUACUGGAAACUUCACUUGUCUAGCCGUGGUGUUUAACCUCAGGAGGCGGCUGGGCUAUCACCUGUUCCACACAUACAUACCUUCAGCCCUCAUUGUCGUCAUGUCCUGGAUCUCCUUCUGGAUCAAGCCUGAAGCCAUUCCAGCCAGGGUCACGCUUGGAGUCACUAGUCUCCUUACUUUGGCAACGCAAAACACCCAAUCGCAGCAAAGCCUACCCCCAGUCUCCUACGUGAAAGCUAUCGACGUGUGGAUGUCGUCCUGCUCUGUCUUUGUUUUCCUCUCGCUCUUCGAGUUUGCAGUUGUGAAUAAUUACAUGGGACCAGUGGCCACGAAGGCCAUGAAGGGGUACUCUGAUGAAGAUCUGUCCAGGGAUUUAGAUGCUUUCAAGCACAUAUUCCCAAACUCCGUGGAUCCUCGAGCUAGCACCUCCGCCUCUCUCCCCCAAUACGAGACCUUCUGCAACGGGAGAGAGACAGCUGUAUACAUCGAUCGCUUCUCUCGCUUCUUCUUUCCCUUCUCCUUCUUUAUUCUCAACGUCGUCUAUUGGUCUACUUUCUUGUAAGUUUUGUACAAAUGCAGUAUCUCCAUCUCUAUUGUCUAAUACGAGACCUUCUGCAACG